AUGCAUGGAGAAGAGUAUGAACCAAUGUAUAAGAAAGAGUAUGAACUAAUGUAUGAGGAAGAGCAUGAACCAAUAUAUGAGAAAAAGUAUGAACCAAUGUAUAAGAAAGCAUAUAAACUAGAGUUACAAUUAGAUGAAUCUGAAGUUAGUGAAUCAUCGCAAGUACAAAAGUCAAAUAGCAGUAAUUCUACACAUACCAGAAAUACUUCAAAAAAAAAAGAAGAAAACUACGCAAUUUGUGAGAUUUGUAAUCAAAAAUUAGUAUACCAGCAUGGAAUGAUAUUAAAUCUUAAAAGAUAUCUUAAUUCUCACAAGACCAAAGUACCUGAAUUAAAGAAAUUGAAUGUAAAAGAAGGCAUCUCAGUUGUAAAUAUGUUAAAUAAUAAGUCAGGU